CGUUUAGAGUAGAAUGUGCUUCUUAGCAGCAAACACAUGCUUGCAACUGCUUUCUGGAAAAGAUUCCUAAUUUAUAAGAACACGAAGCAGGGUUUUGAAAAGGCAGGUCCCUGGUGGAGAGUUGUCUCUUCAGGUCAGAUGCAAUACACAUACAUACACAUUUCAAAAACAUAAUUUUACAUUUGUGUCUGUGCUUGCUUCCUUGAGUGUUAGAUUUGUGCUUGCGGCGAUCUUUCGUUUACACAAUGUGGGGUUAUUGGAGACCAUUUGCCGGUAUCUUGCCGAGUCAUUUGAAUUGCUUGCUGCUUUGUUGCACCCAACUGAUUUGUAGAAGGUUGCACUUGGCUUUGCACCACACUGAGUGUCGGUGAUAGACCCUUGCCUGCAGUUAUGGGAAACCUGCAGAAGCAUACCUUUGAUUUCCAGCAACCAGAUUUAUCAUACUGUGUUUCUGACUUAAGGCAAGGUAAUUCCGGUUCUUUGGGCUGGGAUGGUAAUGUAAUCCUGGCUUAGAAUGUAUGUGAUGAGAUUUAAUUGUUUUCUGGGGUGGGGGAAUUGAGCAUCGAAUUUCACAGCUUGAUAUUUUGCCUCGGCUUUGCUCUGAACAUUGGGGGCCCCUGGAAUCUCGCCUUGCUGCAUUCUCCUACAGCUGUUAUAGAAAGAUAGAGGAAACAGGUUCCUGGAAUUGAUCUCUCUGGUAGAAAGUGAUCGGGGCUGGUCCUUGGUUUAAUGUUGUAUGAAUGGUGCAGGGACACUGUGUGUCUCUCUGCAGGCGUUGAGCAUGAGAAUUCAUUCUUAGACCAAGAGGGUAGUGAAAACCUUUCUGUGCAUGGAUUUUCCCUCCUGACUCUGUUCCAAGUGCAAAACUGAGCAUUUUCCAACACUUUGAGAACUUGUUAUUCCUAUUUGUGAUACUGGUUCUGUUGGCAUAGAAGGUGGCCUUCUUUAUAUUUUGAGGAGGGUUAUAUUUCACUCUUAUAUGUAUUGUUCUUUCAGAUCCACACCCCCGUUUUUUGUUUUCAUUAAGCUGUCAUGUGCUGUUAAGAUCAAGUUAGAGUCAAAAUCUAGGGAGAUAUAAAUACUGGGAAAGGGUUCUUCAGUAUCUUGGCUGCAUAAAAUGCUUGCAAACGCUUUGCUUUUGCUUCUAGGGCUGCGACUCCCAAAUGAGCAUGUCAGAAAUGUCCUGCAGUGAAAGUACCUCCUCCUGUCAGUCUCUGGCACAUGGCUCAGCUCCAGAAAUCCUCAUUGGACUGCUUUAUAAUGCCACAACUGGAAGACUAGCAGCAGAAGUGAUAAAAGGCAGUCACUUCAAAAACCUGGCAGCAAACAGACCACCCAAUACGUUUGUUAAGCUGACGUUGCUGAAUUCUAUGGGCCAAGAGAUGUCCAAAUGCAAGACAUCUAUCCGAAGAGGGCAACCGAAUCCAGUCUACAAAGAGACCUUUAUUUUCCAGGUGGCACUGUUUCAGCUUUCUGACGUUACACUCAUAUUGUCUGUGUACAAUAAACGCAGCAUGAAACGAAAGGAAAUGAUAGGCUGGAUUUCUUUAGGUUUGAACAGUUCUGGCGAAGAGGAACUAAAUCACUGGACUGAGAUGAAGGAAUCCAAAGGACAGCAAGUAUGUAGGUGGCACUCAUUGUUAGAAUCUUAAUGAGUAGUUGCGGCUCCACGUAAUAUCAGGAUUCCACGAGGCUGCCCCGCAGGUGCAACCAAGAGAAAGUGUUGCAGAAGUUACAAUUCAACAUUCCACUUUUACAGAUGCACAAAACGCCGUGGAGCAGAAUUUACUUUCGCAUCUUCAGUUGACACCACUGAGUUCAGGUGACAUGCACUGGACGCAGAAGAAAGAGCAAUCCCAAGUCCUUAUUUUGACGCUUUCAGGAUUGUUUUGGUUCACAUCUCAGUUUUCCAUUUAACUAAUAGGUAUUUUGUGUAAAUCAUCUACUAUUGCAAAAUUCUCUUGAUUGUGUUUGUUUUCUUAGAGGUGCUAUGCUGUGUUAUAUAUGACUUGUCGAGAAGCAGAUUUAGAGAGCUGGGGGAGUAGUUAACUAGUGGAACACAAAAAUUAGAAUUUUGGCACACAGUAGUUGGAACAUUGCUUCCCCACCCCCUUAGGAACUUAACAUUUCCUUAACGGAGUUUAAUUUUGAAGAACAACAUGCAAGAGCACUCCUGCAUGUUGACUGCUUCUCAGAUACACAAACAGCUCCUCUGUGGUGCCUGCUUUAGGCUGGGGGUUGUAACUCCCUAUUCGCUCCCAAGAGCGGAAGUUGUUCGAAUGAUGAAUCACUGCUAAUAGUGUGCAUAAACCCAUCACCAUUCAUCUCUGGCAAACACCUUUUUGUGUUGUUUCAGGAGCUUACAGACUUGUUUGACCAGUGGCAGCAGUGAGAGAAAAGAAAAAUGUGUGUGUACACCAUGAGAAGGGAAGCCCCUCUCAAAAAACUUUCUGCUCUCUUGAACUAUUGUGAGAGUGCCAAUUUACCAUGCAGGAU